AUGGACCCCGCUUCUUCAGCUCCCCCCAUUGACCCGUCAGAGUCCCGUGCAUUCAAGAGAUGGCUCAGGACAGCUGCCUCCAUAACUGGAAUCGGACUGACUGCUGAGGAACGUUCACGUAGUGCGGAAGGCCAGAAAUUCCGUAAUUGCGAGAAAUGGAAGAAUGAGCUUAUGAAUUAUAGUCCGUCAGUGGUAUUCAUGCUGAAGCAUCUUAAAAUGUCUGGAUGCCCUGUGUCUCCGUCGAAUAUCGCAUGUGCGCCUUGCGACAUGACACGUUCGGGCGGAUUCCAUCCUGCCGGCGCUAUAAUUCUUUGUCAGGGUCAUUUCAUGGAUAAGAAACACAUGGAAGAUACCCUAACCCACGAACUGAUACACAUGUAUGAUCACUGCAAGUUCAACGUCGAUUGGUAUAAUUUGAGACACCAUGCAUGUAGUGAGAUACGCGCAAAUAGUUUAAGCGGCGACUGCAGGUUUAUGCGUGAGCUCGGCAGGGGGUUUGUCGCGUUCUCAAAACAACAUCAGGCUUGCGUACGACGGAGAGCAGUACUUUCUGUACGGGUAAAUCCAUCGUGCCCUGACGAGGCUGCUGCUGAGCGUGCUGUCAACGAGGUUUGGGAGAGCUGUUUCAACGAUACAAGGCCGUUUGAUGAGGUACGUGCUAACAUUAAUACAAGGAAGUUUGUGUCGCACGAUGGGUGUAUUCAAAUGAUGAUCCUGCAUGCAGAUUUAUUAGCCGAUGCUAUAAUUGCAAGAUCCGACUGA